AUGGAUCAGUCGGGAACCACGCAGACACAGCCUCAACACGAGCCCAUCAGCUUCGGCAUCGACCAAAUCCUGAGUGGGUCCGACCAGGAGAACUGCCUGCAAUCCAGCGCCAGAGUUUCCGAGGCAGGUUACCUCGCCAGCCCAGUCAGCGGUGCCUACCCCACCCUCGCCACUGCCUAUCCGGCCAUGGGGGCAACAUACGAGGACAGUGUGUCCGGAUCUUACAGUGUGAACCUGAGUAUGAAUGUCAACGGCUUGGCUUCGGCCGGGGUGAUCAGAGUGCCGGCUCAUCGCCCGGUCCCACAGACUGCCGUACCGACUGUGCCCAGCAUAGGCAGCGUGGCUGGGCUGAGUGGCCUGAACUUCCCCUGGAUGGAGAGCAGCAGGAGGUUUGCUAAAGACAGGCUGACAGCUGCCCUGACUCCUUUCACAGUGACACGGCGGAUCGGCCACCCUUACCAGAACAGGACCCCUCCAAAACGGAAGAAACCCCGAACCUCCUUCACUAGGAUCCAGAUAUGUGAGCUGGAGAAGAGAUUCCACCGGCAGAAGUAUCUAGCCUCGGCUGAGAGAGCGGCGCUCGCAAAGUCCCUCAAAAUGACGGACGCUCAAGUCAAAACUUGGUUCCAGAACAGGCGAACUAAAUGGAGGCGGCAGACAGCAGAAGAGAGAGAGGCCGAGAGACAACAAGCCAACAGACUGAUGCUGCAGCUGCAACAUGAUGCCUUCCAGAAAUCCCUCAACGAUUCCAUCCAGCCCGACCCUCUGUGCCUGCAUAACUCGUCUCUGUACGCACUGCAGAACCUGCAGCCCUGGGCUGAAGAUAAUGGCAAAAUCCCAGUGGUCACAUCUUUAGUGUGA